UCGUCACUUGUUCGCGCCGAACUUGGAAUACCUUGGAAUACCUUGUGAGCUCGACACAUUCCUCUCUGAUUAAGUAGCUAUCUUGCCUCCCUCUCCCUAAACUACUAUUUCUGAUUUCCUUCUUUCUUUCUUCUCUUCAUUCACCAUCAUCAUCAUCAUCCUCUCCCGCCCUACUCUUUCUCUCUCCUCCUCCUACUCCUCCUCGUCCAUUGCCCGUUUCUUUGUUUUCUUUCUCAUAUUGAUACCCCUCGCUCCUGUUCGCAUUACUUGCCGGUAAUAAGUGCAAAAUGGCCCCUCGUGUGGUUGUUGUCGGUGGUGGCUUGUCCGGUCUCAGCGCUGCUCAUACCAUCUAUCUCGCUGGUGGCAAUGUUCUCGUCCUUGACAAGCAGGGUUUCUUUGGUGGCAACUCCACCAAGGCCACAUCCGGUAUCAACGGUGCCCUAACCCGAACCCAGGUCGACCACCAGAUUCAAGACAGCGUCAAGCAGUUCUACGAAGAUACACUAAAGUCAGCCCGUGACAAGGCCAGACCUGACCUCAUCAAGGUCCUCACCUACAAGUCCGCUGCUGCUGUCGAGUGGCUACAGGAUGUUUUCAACCUCGACCUGACGCUGGUCUCACGACUUGGUGGUCACUCCCAGCCCCGAACACACAGAGGCCACGAUGCCAAGUUCCCUGGUAUGGCUAUCACAUAUGCAUUGAUGCAACGGCUAGAGGAGCUCGCCGAGACCGAACCAGAACGAGUUCAGAUUGUCAAGAAGGCCCGCGUCACUGGCCUGAGCAAGGAGGGUAACAAGAUCACCGGUGUUCAGUAUGAACUGAACGGUGAGACUGCAACCGCCGAAGGCCCCGUCGUCCUGGCCACUGGUGGUUAUGCUGCCGACUUCAGCGACACCUCUCUUCUGAAGGAGCACAGGCCUGAUACCUUUGGGCUUGCUACCACCAACGGCUCGCACGCCACUGGCGAUGGCCAGAAGAUGGUCAUGGCCAUUGGCGGAAACGGUAUUGAUAUGGACAAGGUUCAAGUCCACCCCACAGGUCUCGUGGAUCCCAAAGAUCCCGGGUCCAAGUGGAAGUUCUUGGCUGCUGAAGCCUUGCGUGGUGAGGGUGGUCUGUUGCUCAACGCCGAUGGUGACAGGUUUUGCGACGAGCUCGGUCACAGAGAUUAUGUCUCUGGUAUGAUGUGGAAGGAGAAGGACAAGGGCAAGUUCCCUAUCCGCUUGAUCCUGAACUCCAAGGCCUCCAACACACUGGAUUUCCACACUCGCCACUACUCUGGCCGUGGCCUGAUGAAGAAGAUGAGUGGCCAGGAGCUUGCCAAGGAGAUUGGGUGCAAGCCCGACCACUUACAGAAGACCUUCACAACCUAUAAUGCCAUUGCCGAGGGCAAGCAAAAGGACCCUUGGGGCAAGAAGUUUUUCCAUAAUUUACCCCUUGACAUCAACGACACUUUCCAUGUCUCCGUCAUGGAGCCCGUGCUUCACUUUACAAUGGGUGGUAUCGAGAUCAACGACAAGGCUCAAGUCUUAAAUCAAUCUAAGCAACCUUUCGAGGGUUUAUACGCCUGUGGUGAGCUUGCUGGUGGUGUUCACGGUGCCAACCGUCUCGGAGGUUCCUCACUGCUCGGCUGUGUCGUCUAUGGUCGGGUUGCCGGUGACUCUGCCAGCAACUAUUUGUUCCAGCAGGCGCUCUCCGGCAGUGCUGGCGCUGCUCAACGUCUUGGUCAAAUCUCCCUUCACAUCGACCCCUCCCAGCCGGGUAAGGUCUCCGUCGAGUGGGCCAAUGGUAGUGCCGGCCCAGUCUCAUCUGCUAGCCAGCCGACAGCUGCUACACCCGCUGAAAAUACUAAGUCAUCUAAGCCUGUCAAGAAGUUUGAGAUUCCUGAAAAGGAAUUCACACUCGAGGAAGUUGCAAAGCACAACAAGAAGGAUGACUUAUGGGUCGUCGUCAAGGGUGUCGUCAUGGAUCUGACUAACUGGUUAGACGAGCAUCCAGGCGGUCCUCAGGCUAUUAUGAACUUCAUGGGUCGUGAUGCUACCGAGGAAUUUGAAAUGCUCCACGACGAUGAAGUCAUUCCCAAGUACGCCCCCGAGCAAGUGAUAGGACGCGUCAAGGGCCAGGAUGUCACUCUAGAGAUCUAGAGGCUUGCAACCCCACCGCGUCUCUAGAGGGUAUAAAAAUCUCGAGCGUGAAGCAGGGAGCGAUAAAGAUGAUGACACAGUUCAAGCAACACCUGGCGCUUUCCUUGAUUCAGGGCGGUGUAGAGCUUAGGUACAUAUAUACCACAUAUACAUAUACUAAGGCAAGCGGGCAUCAAAUGCCAGUAGGCCUUGGUUUGGGCGGCGCUUCAUAGGUGGUGCAUUGUCCUAGCAUGGAAUUGUAUUGAUAUCUUGGGACUUUUUUUUUUCAUUUUCAUUUUCUAUUUUAGCAUGAAUCCAUUGCAUUGUAGCUCAUGUAUAGCAGAGAAUCGGGAAUUAUAAAAUAAGGCUUUUCAUAUAAGUACUGCUGACUUAUAAUCGGAAUUCUUCCCAUGUGUCAUCGACGUAAUUCUGUUCUUUUAGGUGUAGCUCUUGUGGCUUAAAAUAUCUGAUAAGAUCACUCAUUUAUACAACGAGCGCAGCACUAUCUGUC